AUGACGGCCUCCAAGGCCCCUCCCCUCCCCCUUCUCCCCCUUCCCCCCUUCCCCCCUUCUUCCGCUAUCACUCUAGUUAAAGCUACAAUCCGAGGCACUCCGAGCCUUAUCAUGUAUAGGGGCCAUGCCCCUCCCCUCAGUUGCUACACUUGUAGCCUGAGAGGCUCUCGAGCCGCUAUCCCACCGUAG